GAGCUCUCCAGACGCGAUGCUUGUCCGGUGACAUCAGGUCGUGAGGGUAAAGCUAGUCCGCGGAGACCAGUCUGACGUGGUAGCUGAGGAACCGUUGUCUGCCAUAUUCAGUGCGCAGGUGAGAACUACUCACAAGUCCAGAUACCCUAGGAAUCGCUUUUGCUGGAAAUGAGGCUGCUUCUCUAUUUGUAUCCUCGCAAAUAUCGCUUGUAACGGUUCUAGUGUAUUCUCUACAUCCCGUGCAGGAGGAGUUCUUGUUAGUGACCCUCUUGCUUUGCGCAUGUUGUUCCCUAUCAAAUCAGGUCGUUGACUCUUUGAACCAGCUUUACCAUGCCGGACUCUCUGCACUUUCUGAUCAAGAACGAUACUGAUUCGUUGUGUUACGCGUACUUGACGGGAUUCGCUAUACAAUACAACCUCAGGCGCUGUUUCCUCAAGAGCGAUGGAAGAUCUCUAUUCUUUCCCACAUCUUCCGGGAUGGACUCUCCUCGCACAACUCUUGAUGGAGACUGUGCCAUAUCCAUCGCCGCUUGUGAGAGUUUCUCUUUGCAGGUUCCUCAGCUCAGUGGCGGCCGUCUAUGGAUAUCCAAGAAUGAUCGACUUGCCUUCUUCCUCGACCCAGGUCCACAACUUGUCGAGCCGAGUGUCACAAAUUUGACGGAUGCGAACAACCAGAUCGAUUUCAGCUUCGUCGAGUUUACUCUCAACGAGCAGGGGCUGUAUGCAAACAUCAGUUACGUCGACUUUGUCGGCUGUUUAUCAGUCGGUCUCGAGCUUCUUGAGAUGUCAGGCAACAUACAAAAGGUCAAGGGUCUCGCUCCAGGUGGCAUCGAUGAGGUCGCUAAUGGCCUCCGAGAGCAAUCUCGUGUUGAUGGUUUCGAUUGGACAAAGCUUGUGGUAACUCGAGAUUCUGGGGGUGGGGUGUCACGCAUCCUCAAUGCUACAAAUGCUAAAGCUGUCGGAGCGGAUUUUGGCGGGUACUUUGAGCCCUAUGUUGAUCAAGUCUGGAAGAAGUACGAUUACACGACAGGCUGUGGACUGGAAAUCGACACUCAACUCCCACAAGGCGUCUUGACUGGCAGUGUCAAUUCUGCAGGAUUGCUCGAUUUCGGACCGGGACUCACUUUCACCCGACCUUGCACUGCCGAUAUCUUUGGAUGCAACAGCGGACCUUUCAUCACGGGAGACAACCAAGUACGGAACGCGCUCAUUCCACGUUUGGCCGCAGGCUUCGUCCGCAGCACUCUGUUGUGUGCAGCUUGUCAGCCUUGUGAACUGUCAGACUUCUACAUGGACUCACAAACCCAUCACUACAGUAGGCUCAUACACAAAGCGAGUGUUGAUGGGAAAGGUUAUGGAUUCGCAUAUGAUGAUGUAGAUCCCAAGAAUGGAACUGAUCAGAGCGGAAAAGUCAACUCGGGUACCCCAGUGGGGCUUACGAUCGUAGUGGUAGGCUGAGGAAUUGCAUCAAUCGAGAGUUGGGUAGCCACGGUUUCUUAUGUGUGAUCCUCCCAAUAGUGAAAUCUCCUCCACUAUGUGCACUUAGCCUGCGUUAUGCAAACAUGAUUUCGUACACUGAGUGAGAAUAUGCAGAGUCAUAAGAGUCCGAUAAUUUCC